CACACCAAAAUAUCCACUCCCGCGGGCUCUCGGUCUCGCUCUCAAUUCCUAUUCUUUUGAAUUUCCCAUUUUGGGUACUCGUUUUUUUCACUUGUAUGGAGUAGUUUUGUCUAUAAUUCGCGCGCUUGGGCCAUGGACUCGGCGGCCACGUCUCGGGAUGCCGACGAGGAGUGGGAGCUUUAUAACGACGAUGGCUUCGUCUACAAGCGCAAGAAGCGCAGACUCGACCCGGCGGCGGCGGAUCAAGCCAACGUGGAUCCCCAGGCGGAUGAAAGGAGCCGGAGGGAGCGUAAGAGGAGGACACUGCUGAAGCUGAAAGCACAAUACCAGAGGGAGAUCGACCAGUGGGAACGUUUGUCGAACAUGUUACGUGCAAUGGAGGAGAAAGCCCGUGUCAGUCAGGAUCAGAGUCGAAUUCGACAGCAGGAACAAAGAGAACGAGAAGGACACGAGCAAACCGCGUCGUUGGGUGCUUUGCCUUUGCCGGAGUUCGUUGAUGGGUCGCUGGUGGACGAGCUUCUCUUGCAGGUAGAAGCCCAGGAAGCGAUAGUUCGUGAUGUAUCGAAUUUAUGUGAUGUAGCAGAAGCAAUGUGCAAUGCACAAGAGGAGCAGUUGAAUCAGUCUCUAAUCAAUCUUCCAAUCUGGGCUGCACCGCAUGAGCUCAUUGCAUCACUUUGUGAUGAUUGAAUUUCUUCUGUAUGGUUAACAUCUUCUCUGGAAAGAAGAAAAAAAAUUGAAGUCGGGUCUUCCUCUGGUAUGUUUGAUCUUCACCUGUAACAGUAACUUUAGUGCUCCAAGAAGGCCAUACUACUGUAAUUUGUUGUCAUGUAGAAAUAUUCUAGUUUCAGACAGAUAGGGUGAUUUUUUGGUUUGCUUUUUUUUUUAGAUCAUGUGAUUUAGUAGAAGUUGGUAAUUGAAUUAACCAUCUAAUGAAUGGACAGAAGAUGGAGAAUGCCUAGAGACUAGGGUGAGAAAAUUGUGUCCUGAAGUAACCUAAAUGAAGCAUAGUUUCUCAUCAAACUUUGUGGUAUGCUGUUUAUGGGUUUAUGAGUUCUAUAGGAGUUUUGAUCAAGCUUUUUAGAUAUUCUUUUUUGUUUUGGUUCUUUUUCUUUUUCUAGAAAGGUCAAUGUAGUCCAUGGGGAAAGGGAUAUGAUUGUUGAAUAAGGUUCUUUGGAGGUUUCAUGGCAACAGCUUGAUUUUCUCCUUGGUGAUCUUAUAGUGUAAAAGGCAUAUGGUGAUUGGUUCCUA